AUGAUUAUAAAGGAGUAUCGAGUAGUUCUUCCAUUAUCGGUUGAGGAAUAUCAAGUCGGACAAUUGUGGUCCGUUGCCGAGGCAUCAAAGGCCGAAACCGGAGGUGGCGAAGGUGUCGAAGUGCUCAAAAACGAACCUUUCGAGAAUGUGCCACUGCUCAACGGGCAAUUCAACAAGGGGCAAUAUACUCACAAAAUUUAUCACCUGCAAUCAAAAGUUCCAGCUUUGAUCCGAAAAAUUGCUCCGAAAGGAUCAUUGGCGAUUCACGAAGAAGCAUGGAAUGCAUAUCCGUAUUGCAAGACGGUCAUCACGAAUCCGGAUUAUAUGAAGGAACUAUUCUUCGCCAAAAUCGAGACCAUUCAUCUUCCUGAUCGAGGAACAACUGAAAACGCUCAUGGUUUGAGCAAAGAAGAUUUGGCGAAAAGAGAAGUCGUUCAUAUCGACAUUUCGAAAGACAAUGAGCAUUUGAAUCACGGAGAUAUUCAUCCGGACACGACUCCUUCGAAAUUCAAGAGCGCCAAAACUGGACGAGGACCACUCACCGGCAACUGGAAAGAGACGUGCCAGCCAGUGAUGUGUGCUUACAAACUGGUCACCGUCUACUUCAAAUGGUUCGGAUUUCAGAAAAUUGUCGAAGGAUACGCUCAUGCGCAAUAUCCGCGAUUGUUCUCGAAGUUCCAUCGCGAGGUGUUCUGCUGGAUGGACAACUGGUACGGUUUGACAAUGAACGACAUUCGUGCCAUCGAAGAGAAGGCUCAAAAGGAGCUCGAGGAGCAAAGGAAAAGCGGACAAGUUCGUGGAAUGACCGGUUAA